AUUUAAUAAAUAUUUAAGCAUAGAAUAUAGAAAAUAAAUUAUGUUUCGUCGUGGCAAAUUAGCAUUUCUAAAUACCAAAGAUGAUCGCAUUAAAAUUAUUAACGAACGCAUUAAUUUAACCGAAAAACAUUUAAUUGAAAUGUGUUCCACUUUCGCUGCCUGCACUAGGAAGUUGGCCAAAUUUCGUGAUUCCUAUGAUGAAUUAUCCAAAUGCUUGAAACACUAUUCGGAUGAUGAGGAAAUCAAUGAAAGUUUUAGUGAUGGUUUAAAGAAUUUCACCAAUGCUGUUACCAUUUUGGCCGAUUAUAUGGAUUUAAAUGUGCAUCGCAAGGAAUUAAAAAUUGUCAAUGAAUUGGCCCAGUUUGAUAGUCUGUGUAAAACGACUAGAGAUAAUUUACGAACAGCAGUAAUAGCUCGUGAUAAGGAGGUUUUGAAGCAGCGUCAAAUGCUGGAACUGAAAUCGAAAUUUUCUGCAAAUAAUUCCGCCGCCGAUUCUGAGCUGCUGAAAGCCAAAAUGGAAGUAAAUCGUACAAACAAGGAAAUCGAUGAGAUUAUAAGCAAUUUUGAGAAGCGUAAACUAAACGAUUUGAAAACAAUUUUAGUGGAUUUCAUAUUGAUCUCCAUGAAAUAUCACACAAAGUCAUUGGAAGCCUUAUCGGCCAGUUACUAUGAUGUCAGCAAUAUAGAUGAGAGGGGUGAUUUUAUGGAGUUUCAAAAACUAAUGAAAUCGAAGACCGAAGCUCAAGAAAAGAAAACAACAAAAAAAGCAGCCAGUUUGAGAUCACAAUCUAUGGAAAGUUUAGAUAGAGAUCAACUGUUGAGUCCUUUGAAAAGGAAGGGAAGAAUGAGUAAAUCUACCAAGAAUUUGGCAGAAAAUAAAACCGAUGAAGAGGAAGACGAUGAUGAUGAAGAAGAAGAGGAGGAAGAGGAUGAUGAGGAGGAUGAAGAGGAGGAUGACAGCGAGAAUUCCAAAUCAGAGGACGACUCAGUAACCGAAGCUGAAGAUGUGGGCGAAGCAACUAAUUUGGAUAAUGCCUCUGAUUUAAAGGCAAAUAAAUUGAAUUUUAAGAAACCCUUAGCCAAACCUCAAGUUAAGCAUCCGUUCAAAGCUGUGGCGGCUACACAUGUAAGAUUGCAAAAGCAAAUGCAUGUGCAGUCUUAAGUCAAUAUAACAGUUUUUUCCAUACAUCUUUCAAAAAGUCAGUAUUUAUUACACAUAACAAGUCAACAAUUAUAAAUAAAUUGGUUUCCUAUAAUGCACCCACACCAUCCUCCCCCAUCAAACGACCUUUAAGCAAAACAGGUGCAACAUCAUCAGCAUGACAACAUUAAGUUAAUUGAACAAACAUUGUUUUUUUAAAAAAGCACUUUAAUUAAUAUCAAUUACAAUUCUUUACCUUUGCCUCACUCCACCAGAGUAUAGUUAUUGAUAGUUAUUUUUUUCUUUUAUAAGCUAAACAUAUCUACUUUUUUAACUUUAACUUGCAACUAUAGUGGGGGAGUUGAAAUAAUUGUGUCAAUAAAUAUUUUGUAUGUGCAGGUUCUUAAGAAAUCAUCGA